CCCACGGCCCUCAGGGAGCUCCUGAUCUGGCGUUGGGCGGGGGGGAGGGCAGACACAGUUCCAAAUCCCUGAGCAAGAGCAGCAGGGUAGGUAGAUAGUACUCAGAGGUCUAGGAAAGAAGCACAUAAAGAAGGCACAGAGGAGGGAGAGAGAGAACCCAACUUGUAGGAGGAGUCAGAAAGGACUUCCUGGAGGAGGGGGCAUUUGAGCUUCUUGAAGGCAUUCUUGAGGGUGUUUGGGAUAUGGGGUACUCUCUCAUACCCAAGAGUCUGGGUCCCCAGCCCCUCUUCCUCAGACCCAGGAGUCCAGGCCCCCAGUCCCCUCCUCCCCCAGACCAGUGAGUCAGGGCCCCAGCCCCCUCCCUCAAACCUAGGAGUUCUGGCCCCUAGCCCUUCCUCCCUCAGACCCAGGAGUCCAAACCCCCAGCCCCCUCCUCCUUCAGACCCAGAAGCCACAGCCUUCAGCCCUUCCCCCUCCCUCUGGAGGUGCCAUGGCAACCAGGUCACCUGCCCACCUUCCCCUCCCCCAUAUAGAACCCAGUUUCUGUUUGAAUCUUACCUGUUUCUAACCAGUUCCUGUGUGAGACAGGGAUGAGCGGAGGGCAAGUGGGAACAGAAAGGGGAUGACAGGGGAGAGGGGGCGGCUAAAGGAGGUGGAAGAGGCAGAUAUAACAGAAGAGACAUGGGGAAAGAGAAGAAAAGGAGACUGGAUAGAGACGGGGAGAACCUUAGGGAGAAUGAUCGAUCUAGAGGGGGUGAUAGGGUUAGAGAGAGGCACAGAAAUAUGAAGAGAGGGAGGGAAGGGGGCUUGAGGAGAUGUUGGGGAAACUGACAGAGACUGGGGUGAUGCAGCGAGGGAAGGGGAGCGAAAUGGGGAGGAAGGGAAUAGAGAAAUCAUAUGAGAGUGGAGGAGAGAUGGUGAGAGAAAGGGGAGGUAGGGGAAGAGAGAUGGGGAGAGAGUGGGAGGGCAGGGCUGAGAGACAGAAAGGUGGGCAGAAGGGUGGAGAGAGAAUGAGGAACAGAGAUGGAAAGAAGAAGGUGGGAGGAGAGACUCUUCGGGACAGGGAGUGAUAGGGGAAGAGACUGGACAACAUGGAAGAAGGGAUUGGGACGCACAGGGAGUCACUGAGGUUAGGAGAACCAGGAUCCCUAUCUGGUCUCAGCCUUCCAGUUCAGCCAUAUUGUUGUCCCAGGGCUUCAAAGAGAAGGAGGAAGUAUCAUCGGGGAAAAGAAGCUGGGGUGGGUGACCCAGUCAGAGCUCUUGUCCCCACCCACCUGAGACAUCCCCCACCCACCUUCCCAGGAUGCAGCCAGAGGUGGAGCCUCUGCGUUCCUCCACCAUGGGGAAUCCCAGCAUACACAGAGAGGCAGGAGCCCUCCUUGUGGACCCUGAGACUCCAGAGGAGAUGCAGACUUGCUGCCUAAGCAGGCCCACCAAAUCCUCGAAGCAGCACCUGCGACAGGUCAUUGCAGAGUACGAGGCCCUGGACCGCGAGCUCCCAUGCAUCCGGAAGUUCCCCACACCGCCUGCUGCCCAGCCCCUGUGCCUCAGCAUGGAGACCUUGCCCGAGGCGGACUUUACCCACCUGGAUGUGUUGGAGGCGCUAGAGGCCGAGCUACCUGGGGCCAUGGAGAGCGGGCGCGUGAGCAGUAUCCGCUUUGAAAACAUGAAUGUCAUCUGUGGGACCGCAGGGCGCCGGGACCGGUGGCUCAUCACGGUCACUGACUUCCAGACUCGCUCGCGCCUGCUGCGCUCUGGGCUCAGUCCUCGCGGGCUCGCGCACCAGCUCGUGCGACACGACGAGCUGCUGCUGGGCGAUUACCGCCUGCACCUGCGUCGCUCUCUGGCCCGACGGCGCAUGCUCGAGGCCCUGGGGGCGGAGCCGAACGAGGAAGACUGACGCGUGGGGGCGGGCCCUGGCUGCGCUAGCACACCGCCCCGCUGGCUUCGGCGACUCCACCCCUGCCCAGGAAGAAAAGGGGCGUGGCCUACCCAGGAAGGAGGCGUGGCCGGCUCAAGGGGGUGGAUACUGUGAGUUUAAUUAUAAAGAAUGACCUGGUACAAAAGCCAUUUCUCUCUGCAAAAUCUUGGUGGGGAGUCAGGGGGAGGAAGGUGAUGGGAGGUAGGGACGAACCCCCAUAUUAUAAUGCCGACUCUCUAAUCUUCCCCCAGCCCCUGCAAUGGACACGUGGGUCCUCGUCCCUUGAGGGGUAAACUGAGGCCCGAGAGAGGGAAGAUCUGGGCGCUGGGGCUUUCCAAGAGUGCCCACCACUGUCUCAGCGAGAACCAGACGUCCUGACCCGCCCCCCUCUUCUUCCCUCUCCCGCCCUCCCUUGGAAGACAAUUUUUGGGCUUUUAUUUCAGGGUUUUUUCCAGGAUUUUUUGUGUUCUAGGUUUUUUUUUUUUAAUAUUCUUCUUUUGUUAUUGUUCCUCUUUUUGCUGUGUCUCCUCACUGCCCCGCGC